GUGUUUUUCGUUGUAAACCUGUGUUUUUCGUUGUUAACCUGUGGUUGCUGUUGUCAUAGUUUCCUUGAGACCAGGAUGUGGGUGAAGUUUUGGCUGAAACUGAGCAGAACGAAGACGACGUCAGCGCGGGAUGGAGCUCACCUCGCUCUGCCUCGUACUCACCGCCACGCUGAGCCUCCAUCCCGAUAAAACCCAGUUCUUCCGGUACGAGGACGUGUCUCUGAGCUGUUCGGCGCCGGGUAACUCCAGCGGGUGGACGCUGAGGAGAAACGGCUCCUCUGAGACCAAGCCCUGCGGGAGGGGCUGCCGCCUGGAGGACAUGUACCCGUCGGACUCCGGCGUGUACUGGUGCCAGUCGGACCGGGGGGGGUGCAGCAACGCCGUCAGCAUCACCGUGACCCCCGGCGAGGUGGUCCUGGAGAGUCCUGCUCUUCCGGUGAUGGAGGGAGACCGGGUGACGCUCCGCUGCUCCUACAGGAAGAGAUACAACGCGGACCCUACGUCCAACUUCAACGCCUCGUUCUUCAGAGACGGCGCGUUCAUCGGCUCCGGGCCCGCGGGACAGAUGGUCCUCCCAGCGGUGUCCAAAAGGGACGAAGGGUCCUACAGGUGUCAGCACCACCCCACGAAGGAAGAGUCCCCGCAGAGCUGGCUGGCCGUUGGGGGUGAGGGGGUGUUCUGUAUCUGCUCAGGUGUGUGUGUGUGUGUGUGUGUGUGUGUGUGUGUGUGUGUGUGUGUGUGUUAA